GCGAGAAGACGCCACCGAGCUGAGGUGUCGGCGGCCCGAGUCUCCUGGAGGAAUGGGUGCUCUACUCCCCGGUUCUCUCCCCUCGCUGCUCCUGGCCCUGGCCGCCCUGUGUGGCCUGUGUGUCGGCACCGAGCUGAGCUUCGUGACGUGCGGCUCCGUCAUCAAGCUGCUGAACCUGAAGCACAACGUGAGGCUUCACUCCCACGACGUGCGCUACGGGUCCGGUAGCGGGCAGCAGUCUGUCACAGGGGUCACUACAGUGGAAGACAGCAACAGCUACUGGAGCGUGCGUGGAACCGGCGACACCUUCUGCCAUCGGGGUUCCCCGGUGAAGUGCGGGCAGACUGUCCGCCUCACCCAUGUCAACACAGGCCGAAACCUGCACAGCCACUACUUCACCUCACCACUGUCCUCCAAUCAGGAGGUGAGUGCUUUUGGUGAGGAGGGGGAAGGCGACCACCUGGACGAGUGGACGGUUCAGUGUGGGGGAUCCGUGUGGAAACGCGAGGAGGCGGUCCGCUUCCGUCACAAGGCCACGGAGGCACUGCUGUCCGUGACGGGGGAGCAGUAUGGACGUCCAAUCCACGGUCAGAGGGAAGUUCAUGCCAUGUCGGGCCCCAACCAGCACAGCCUCUGGAAGGCCAUGGAGGGCAUCUUCAUGAAGCCCAGCGAGAGCCCGGCCGGCAGCCGAGAAUACAGUCACAUACACACAGAGUUCUGAUCUCCUCUUCUUCUGUCUCCUUCAUCUUCCUCCCUGUCCACUAGGGCUAAAAAAUGAACCAAACAUAUCACAUCCCAUCGAUUUGGGAAUAUGAGUCACGAUUUCUGCAUUGAAUUUUCUCUGUGAAAAUGAUGAUGUGAUUUUUCUUCUUUUUUUUUUUCUGGGAUCCCUCUCAAACAAGCAUGUUCUCUUUCAUCUGGAGAAUAUGAUUUGUAGGUCGGGGUAUCUCUAUAACUCCACAACUAUUUAUAUAUAAUAAUAUUUUAAGACAUUUUUAUCUUAAUGAGAAAAACUGCAGCUCUACAGUUUGGAUUUUACACUUGGCCAUAUUGCAAUUUCGAUAAGAUUUCAAUAAAUUGGUCAGCCCUAGUGUCAACUCUGUCUGUAACCUCAUCCUCACCAGCAGCCUCCGAAUGCAUCUCUGUCCUCUGUCCUCUGUCCUCUGUCCUCUGUCCUCUGUCCUCUGACCUCUGUCCUCUCUCAUUCUUCUCCCUCUUUAACCUCUGACUCGUCUUCUGAAGAGACUGUGCCAAAACUCUGUCAUGGAUCAGGGUACAAUUACUUCAUCCUAUCAAUCCAUACUAUCGCUCUGACUUUCUCACAGUAGUGUUUUAAAAUCAAUGUCCACGUGUAAUGCAUACGUGGAGAUGAAUAUUUUAAACAGUAUUGUGUUCAGAUAACUGACAGCUUUUUCGAACAACACUAUAAUUUGCCUUAACAGGCACAUAUAGAAAUACAAGUAUUAAAAUGCAGUUUUACUGUAUGAAGACUGCACAAGGAGAGUUUUUUCUUCACAACUGUUAUUUCUUUUGAAAUAACUUCCAUCUGCAAGCACACUACAACACAGAAGGCAGAUCAGUACAUUGGGUUUCGUGGGAAAAAACAACAUUUGUUACACUUGUGCCUUUUGUUUUGUUUGUUUAAAAAAAAAGGAGUAGGUGUUUACAUUUUGGAGCCUUUCAAACUUUUGGAAACGUACGAGUUUUACUGUGUUUUUAUGGUAUUUUGAAGCCAUAUUCUACUCAACCGAUAAGCAGUGUUACUAUGGUAAAUUCCUUUUUUCCCUUUAACUCAGUGUAGCAUUUAAAUAAUCCUGCACCAACUGACAUGAGAAGAACAAUAAGCAGAUUUGUCUGUGGUGGUAUUUCUUGCUUUCAGCGUUAUACAUCACUGAACGGCUGUUUACUGUCUUUGUCUUUCUUACGUUCAUGAUGUCUGUGCAAGUGUUUGUGUGUUGGAUCAGCUAUUUGUUUCAGAGGUUCAUAUGAACAACAAGCCUGCAAUGAAUACCCCAUAUUAAAGAGAUUUUUAUGCACA